UCUCGUGCCAUCAUUCCUAUAGUUUGCUACAGUGUCCGAGUCCAGAGACUCCCGAGUGGUCCCGAGUCCCGCUGAAACUUUUGUUUUCGGUUCUGCCAACAGGUGGUGCAAUUUGCAGUCGCACUCACAACAGCAGCUGCACACCAUGUGCUUUUGUUUACAAGACUUCAAGACGUGAUUCCAAUCUCAAAUUAACUUCUUACCCUGUUUUAAUGUUGAGUGUCGUUUGUAUUCCUGAAUUAUCAUUGUGGCCCUGGCCCUGAAGAGGCACAAUGAAAGCUAAAACAAUUCGUAUCAACACAGAUGUCACAGCUGUAAAAAUAUUGGGGAACAAAAUAUUCGCCGGUGUUGGAGGGCACGUUCACAUUUUUUCUGUAGAAAAUGGGAGUUCUCGAAUUGAUGCUACACUUGAGAUAUUUGAGGGCCAAAAAAUCCAUGGAUUUUGCCAUAACACCGAAAGAGACGAGAUUGUUGUGUUUGGAGGCAGGCUUUUCCUCAUUUUCCAGUUGAAAAAGCUGAAAGAAUGCAGCAUUAUUGAUUCACCCGUGCAUAAAGUGUCACACUGGAUUCAGGCCGUUCACUGGCUACAAGAUGGCUCAAUUGCGUUAGCUUUGUCAAACAACAUGGUCAAGCAGUGGAAAGAUGGACAAAUAAUCGCUUCUGUUCAGUGUCCCAUCAAAUGCAUCAUAUAUUCAGCAUUGCUCCUUGGUUCUUCAUGGGACUCAUUGGUGGUCUUCUCUGGAACUGUAUUUUCCGAAGUGUUGAUUUGGGGCUCUGACGGACAAGUUUGGCACCAACUCAAGGGCCACAAGGGUGUCAUUUUCAGCAUUUCUUUUGACAAGAGUCGCCAGCGCCUUCUGACUAGCUCAGACGACAGGUCUGUGAGGGUUUGGCAAAAGUCUGCAGAUUCAACCUGGAGCUCUUGCUCUUUGGAACAAGUGCAGGAGCUUUAUGGCCACCAGUCCAGGGUCUGGAGAGCUCUGCCCUCAAAAUUUGGCCUUGUCAGCAUUGGCGAGGACUCUUUUGUUUGUCAAUGGGAUGACAGCGGAAAAGAGCUUUCCAAAAUGUGUUCUCACCAAGGAGGCAGCAUUUGGAGUAUAGACAUUUGCGAUUCAUAUUUGGUGACGGGUGGUGGGGAUGGAGGAAUCAUGUGCUGGAAUUUGGAGCAUGGCUUUGAAACGAAACAGUUUGGAAGCCCAGUGAAUGUGCGCAAAGUGGCAUGGACGCCAAAAGGAGAACUAUUGGUGGUCACUGAGGAUGAGAAAUUGUUCAUCAUGCAAGAGUGCGGAUCAAUAGAACAAGCACCUUUUAAUGUGCAAAUGAUAGAAAUAUUCCAAGAUCUCAUUUACUUGACUACCGUCAGUGGAAAUUUAACUCUGGUCAAAGACGUUCGAAGCAAAGAGGCUUUUUUAACUGGAAGAGUCUCAGACGGUGCAGCUGUAUUGAGCGUCGUUCCAUUGAAGCCAACAACGUUUCUAGUUUCUUUAAGCAGCGGUGAGAGGAUUUUCUGGGGCUUUGAAAACGGAACACUUGAGAGGCUAGCCUCUUACACAGCCAGCCCAAAAACAAAAGGGGUAUCUUGCGGGCUAUGCAUUGGUGAUUACUGCGUCAUUGGCGACCAAGACGGUUUCCUGCAACUCUUCAAUUGGAAAAGCAUGGAAGUGGAGCAAAACUUGAAUAUGAAAUCUGAGGGCGUGACUGGAAUCUGCAUGUUUCGGGGACUUAUAUGGGCUACCUGCAAGGAAGGAAAGUUGCUCACUUUGCUGCUGGAACAUGGACAAAUUUCCAUUGUGAACUCUGGUCAGCCGCGACUCGGCAUGCUUGCCGGCCUCGAGGUAACCUCAUUGGGACUUCUUCUCUACUCUUUUCAUAGAGUAAACUUUUCAGUCUGGUCGUGGGAUCAGCAGAGACCAAUAUUCAAGUUCCACUGCCCUGGUGGAGGACACAGAUCGUGGGACUUUCGACUCAGCUCUGAAAAUAAAAUGUGCUUUGCAUUUGUGAGGCACAAGAAAGCAUUUUACCAACAGCAAAGGUUAAAAGAUGUCGCAGCACCUGUACUCAGGACUGGCUUGCAUUUGAACUUGAUAAACUGCAUGGUUCCUUUGGAUUCAAACCACCUGCUUUCUGGAGGGGAAGAUGGUUCUUUGCGGAUAUCUGAUGCCGUGUCUGGGUCAUCCUGCACUGUGAUUCAAGCGCAUUUGUCGAGCGUGAAGGCUUUACUGAAGGACAAAAAUAUUCUGGUCAGUGCAGGCGGUCGGGCACAGUUAGCUGUCUGGCAAAUUUUGAAUAUUAAUUCAAACUGGAUAUUAAAACUAGUUACCAGUCACAUGCUGCUCGAAAGUGCAGAGAAAUCAGUAAAAGCGCCUUGGAGAGACUCGUACUUGAAUCCUCGAGCUGAUCCUGAGAGCCGAUACAUGGCAUUGUGCUUGCUAUCACACAAUGAGAGUAAACUCGUUUUUCUUGCUGCCUGCUCUGACUCCUUUUUAAGGAUUUUUUAAUUUUUUUACUCUAUGCUGCAAACGUUGAAAACAAUUGCAUUCCACAAAACAUGUGUCAUGACUGUCAGCUCUACAGCGGAAUUUGUUGCUUCUGGAGGCUCCAAUGGCGUUGUGGCUGUUUGGAAUCCAG